AUGCUCAGAGCGCCCUCCCCCGCCGCCGAGCAGCCUCCGGGCGGAGGGGACAGCGCCCGCCGGACCCCGCAGCCCAGACUCAAGCCUGGUGCCCGAGCCAUGGCACUGCCUCGGACACUAGGGGAGCUGCAGCUGUACCGGGUCCUGCAGCGCGCCAACCUCCUUUCCUACUAUGAGACCUUCAUCCAGCAGGGAGGGGAUGACGUGCAGCAACUGUGCGAGGCGGGUGAGGAGGAGUUCCUGGAGAUCAUGGCUCUCGUGGGCAUGGCCACCAAGCCCCUCCAUGUCCGACGCCUGCAGAAGGCACUGAGAGAGUGGGCCACCAACCCCGGGCUCUUUAGCCAGCCAGUGCCUGCUGUGCCCGUCUCCAGCAUUCCGCUCUUCAAGAUCUCGGAGACUGCGGGCACCCGGAAAGGGAGCAUGAGCAACGGCCAUGGCAGCCCCGGGGAAAAGGCUGGCAGCGCCCGAAGUUUUAGCCCCAAGAGUCCCCUGGACCUUGGAGAGAAGCUGUCGCCAGUGCCUGGGGGACCCGGGGCCGGAGAUGCCCGGAUUUGGCCAGGCCGGAGCACUCCGGAGUCUGAUGUUGGGGCGGGAGGAGACGAGGAGGCUGGUUCACCCCCCUUUUCCCCACCUGCGGGGGGAGGCGUCCCGGAGGGCAUAGGGGCCGGAGGUUUGGCGGCCCCCGGGGCCGGAGGUGCUCCGGACAGACUGGAGCCGGAGAUGGUGCGCAUGGUGGUGGAGAGCGUGGAGAGGAUCCUCCGGAGCUUCCCGAGGGGCGACGCCGGGGAGGUGACGUCCUUGCUGAAGCUGAACAAGAAGCUGGCGCGGAGCGUGGGGCACAUCUUCGAGAUGGAUGACAACGACAGCCAGAAGGAGGAGGAGAUCCGCAAGUACAGCAUCAUCUACGGCCGCUUCGACUCGAAGCGCCGGGAGGGCAAGCAGCUGAGCCUGCAUGAGCUGACCAUCAACGAGGCUGCUGCCCAGUUCUGCAUGAGGGACAACUCGCUCUUACUGCGGAGGGUGGAACUCUUCUCCUUAUCACGCCAAGUGGCCCGCGAAAGCACCUACCUGUCCUCCCUGAAGGGUUCCAGGCUCCACCCCGAAGAAUUGGGAGGCCCGCCCCUGAAGAAGCUGAAACAGGAGGUGGGAGAGCAGAGUCACUCUGAAAUCCAGCAGCCUCCCCCAGGCCCCGAGUCCUAUGCACCCCCAUACCGCCCCAGCCUGGAAGAAGACAGUGCCAGCCUGUCCGGGGAGAGUCUAGAUGGACACUUGCAGGCUGUGGGGUCAUGCCCAAGGCUGACGCCGCCCCCUGCUGACCUGCCUCUGGCAUUGCCAGCCCAUGGGCUGUGGAGCCGCCACAUCCUGCAGCAGACACUGAUGGACGAGGGGCUGCGGCUAGCCCGCCUCGUCUCCCAUGACCGCGUGGGCCGCCUCAGCCCCUGUGUGCCUGCCAAGCCGCCUCUCGCAGAGUUCGAGGAAGGGCUCCUGGACCGAUGCCCUGCCCCGGGACCCCAUCCAGCUCUGGUGGAAGGUCGCAGAAGCAGCGUGAAAGUGGAGGCCGAGGCCAGCCGGCAGUGA